AUGGCUUUGGGCACUACUCAUAGCUCGAUCCCAUGGUUGGUCUGGUUUUUAUGGAAAGAUAGGAAUAACAAAGUUUUUCAAGGACUACAAUCAGAGCCAAUAGAUAUUAUUAAUCAGGCCUUACGUGACCAAUUGUGGUGGAAGGAAUCACAAUUAACCACAAGGGUUGAUCCCGUUUCGACGGAUUCGCUGAUCACGCUAGAGUCGUUAAUUCAUUGUCAGGUGGAUGGCUCGUGGAAAGCCUCAGAGCCUCAUUCAGGGUUAGGCUGGUGGUGUGGUGAUGGUGAGAAUCAGACUUUGGUAAUGGGUGCCAAAUGUCAGCGUCGCAGUACAUCCCCACUUCAUUCAGAGUUAGAAGCAUUGUUAUGGGCGAUGGAGUGUAUCCGAUCCAGAGGGAUUGAUUGCCGGCGUUUCGAGACGGAUUCUACAGAGUUGUUAGCAAUGGUGCAAAGCUCAAACCUGGCCGCCUUCACCAACGGGUGGUGGGUUGAUUCGAAGAAAAUCUUAAAGGAAUGGGAAGGAUAUGAGCGUCCUAACGAUGGGGCUGUUGUGAAAGUGAAGUUGAUUGGAAAGCUUCAAGAUGAAACUGUAUUCCUGAAGAAAGGUCAUGGUGAGAAUGAGGAACUGUUUGAGUUCAAACCAGAUGAAGAGCAAGUGGUCGAUGGACUUGAUAGAGCUGUCAUGAAGAUGAAAAAGGGUGAAGUGUCAUUGGUGACAGUAGAACUUGAGUAUGCCUUUGGUUCUAAUGAGUCAAAACAGGAAUUGGCUGUGGCACUGCCAAUCUCAACUGUGUACUUUGAGCUUGAUCUUGUGACUUACGACAAGGAAAGGGAAUCGUGGGACAUGAACACUGAAGAAAAGAUAGAAGGUGAUACUAAGAAGGAAGAAGAAAACUCCAAGUUUAAAGCAGGCAAAUAUGCUCUGGCGUCCAAGAGAUACAAGAAGGUAUAUAAUAAUAUGAACUGCCCGUUGAUAUGUGAGUUUUACAGGAGAGCGCAAGCAUACAUGGAGUUGGCUGAUUUAGACUUGGCUGAGUUUGAUGUCAAGAAGGCCCUUGAAAUCGAUCCUACCAACAUGUUCUCUCUCUUAGUCUUAUACACCUCUUAUCUAUAUCCAAUUUAGCCUUGAGUAGGUGGAUAGUUUUUUGCAAUGUCUUCUCAUACACUAAAGUCAACAUUGUAUUUGCUAUUUUAUUUUCAAAUGACAGGGAAGCUAAGUGAAUCCGAAAUAGAGGCAAUGAGCACCUGAGCCCUUGAAAACAUUCCAAGCACUUUGCAUUUUCUUUUUCUUCUCUUUUGGUUUGUUGCAAUGUUUGUUUUUAGUUUUUCAAACUGAGCGUUAGUGAGAUUUAUUAAACAGGGGACUUGUAUGACAAUA